AUGACAACUAAUAGUGCAUAAAUAUGUAGAUUGGACUUAUAUAUAGCCAGGCGAACUAGUAAACAGUUAGUGUAUGUAAAAAUUAAGAUUGAUACGAUUCGUAUAUAGAUAAAUAAAGUUAAAAGAUAAUUUCGACUUCGAACCAGAGGACGAGGUUCCUGACUGUGAGGACAAGGUUCCUGACGCUGACGACAAGGUUCCUGACGCUGAAGACAAGGUUCCUGACGCUGAAGACAAGGUUGCUGACGCUGAGGACAAGGUUCCUGACAGUGAGGACAAGGUUCCGACGGUCAGGAAAAGGUUCCUGACGGUGAGGACAAGGUUCCUGACGAAGAGGACAAUGUUCCUGACGGUGAGGACAAGGUAGCUGACGGUGAGGACAAGGUUCCUGACGGUGAGGACAAGGUUGCUGAUGCUGAGCACAAGGCUCCUGACGGUGAGGACAAGGUUCCUGACGGUGAGAACAAUGUUCCGACGGCGAGGACAAGGUUCCUGACGCUGAGCACAAGGUUCCAGACGCUGAGGACAAGGUUCCUGACUGUGAGGACAAUGUUCCGACGGUGAGGACAAUGUUCCUCACGCUGAAGACAAGGUUCCUGACGCUGAGGACAAGGUUCCAGACGCUGAGGACAAGGUUCCAGACGCUGAGGGCAAGGUUCCAGACGCUGAGGACAAGGUUCCUGAUUGUGAGGACAAGGUUCCUCACACUGAGCACAAGGUUCCUGGCGCUGAGGACAAGGUCCUGACUGUGAGGACAAGGUUCCUGACGGUGAGGACAGGGUUCCUGACGCUGACGACCAGUUUCCUGACGGUGAGGACAAGGUUCCUGACGGUGAGGACAAGGUUCCUGACUGUGAGGACAAGGUUCCUGACGGAGAGGACCAGGUUCCUGACAGUGAGGACAAGGUUCAUGACGGUAAGAAAAGGUUCCUGACGGUGAGGACAAGGUUCCUUACGGAGAGGACAAGGUUCCUGCCGGUGAGGACAAGGUUCCUGACGGUGAGGACAAGGUUCCUGACGGGGAGGACAAGGUUCCUGCGGCGAGGACAAGGUUCAUGACGCAAAGAACAAGGUUCCUGAUAGUGAGGACAAGGUUGCUGACGGGGAUGACAAGGUUCCUGACGGUCAGAACAAGGUUCCAGACGCUGAGGACAAGGUUCCAGACGCUGAGGACAAGGUUCCUGACUGUGAGGACAAGGUUCCAGACGCUGAGGACAAGGUUCCUGGCGCUGACGACAAGGUUCCUGACUGUGAGGACAAGGUUCCUGACGGUGAGGACAAGGUUUCUGACGCUGACGACAAGGUUCCCGACGGUGAGGACAAGGUUCCUGACGGUGAGGACAAGGUUCCUGACUGUGAGGACAAGUUUCCUGACGCUGACGACAAGGUUCCUGAUCCUGACGCUGAGGGCAAGGUUCCUGACGCUGAGGACAAGGUUCCUGACAGUGAGGACAAGGUUCCUGACGCUGACGAUAAGGUUCCUGACGCUGAGGACAAGGUUCCUGACGCUGAGGAGAAGGUUCCUGACAGUGAGGAAAAGGUUCCUGACGGUAAGAAAAAGGUUCCUGACGGUGAGGACGAGGUUCCUGACGGAGAGGCCAAGGUUCCUGACGGCGAGGACAAGGUUCCUGACGCUGAGAACAAGGUUCCUGAUAGUGAGGACAAGGUUCCUGACGGCGAUGACAAGGUUCCUGACGGUGAGGACAAGGUUCCUGAUAGUGAGGACAACGUUCCUGACGACGAGGACAAGGUUCCUGACUGUGAGGACAAGGUUCCCGACUGUGCGGACAAGGUUUCUGACGCUAAGGACAAGGUUCGUGACGAUGAAGACAAGGCUCGUGGCGCUGAGGACAAGGAUCCUGACUGUGAGGACAAGGUUCCUGACGGUGAGGACAAGGUUCCUGACGGUGGAGACAAGGUUCCUGACGGAGAGUACAAGGUUCCUGACGGCGAAGACAAGGUUCCUGACGCUGAGAACAAGGUUCCUGAUAGUGAGGACAAGGUUCCUGACGGCGAUGACAAGGUUCCUGACGGUGAGGGCAAGGUUCGUGACGCUGAGAACAAGGUUUCUGAUAGCGAGGACAACGUUCCUGACGGCGAGGACAAGGUUCCUGACUGUGAAGACAAGGUUCCUGACUGUGAGAACAAGGUUCCUGACGCUGAGGACAAGGUUCCUGACGGUGACGACAAGGUUCCUGACGGUGAGGACAAGGUUCCUGACGGUGAGGACAAGGUUCCUGACGCUGAGGACAAGGUUGCUGACGGUGAGGACAACGUUCCUGAUAGUGAGGACAAGGUUUCUGACAGCGAGGACAAGGUUCCUGACUGUGAGGACAAGGUUCCUGACUGUGAGGACAAGGUUCCUGACGGUGAGGAAAAGGUUCCUGACGGUGGAGACAAGGUUCCUCACGCUGACGACAAGGUUCCUGACGCUGAGGGCAAGGUUCCUGACUGUGAGGACAACGUUCCUGACUGUGAGGACAAGCUUUCUGACUGUGAGGACAAGGUUCCUGACGCUGACUCUGACGUCAAGGAUCCUGACGCUGAGGACAAGGUUCCUGACGCUGAGGACAAGUUUCCUGACGGUAAUAACAAGGUUCGUGACGGUGAGGACAAGGUUCCUGACGGAGAGGACAAGGUUCCUGACGGUGAGGACAAGGUUCCUGACGCUGAGAACAAGGUUCCUGAUAGUGAGGACAAGGUUCCUGACGGCGAUGACAAAGUUCCUGACUGUGAGAACAAGGUUCCUUAUAGUGAGGACAAGGUUCCUGACGGUGACGACAAGGUUCCUGACGCUGAGGACAAGGUUUCUGACGAUGAGGACAAGGUUCCUGACGCUAAGGACAAGGUUCCUGACGCUACGGACAAGGUUCCUGACGCUGAGAACAAGGUUCCUCACGCUGACGACAAGGUUCCUGACAGUGAAGACAAGGUUCCUGACUGUGAGGACAAGGUUCCUGAUUGUGAGGACAAGGUUACUUACGCUGACGACAAGGUUCCUGACGCUGAGGACAAUGUUCCUGACGGUCACGAAAAGGUUCCUGACAGUGAGGACAAGGUUGCUGACGGUGAGGAGAAGGUUCCUGACGGUGAGGACAAGGUUCCUGACGAGGAAAAGGUUCCUGACGCUGAGGACAAGGUUCCUGACAGUGAGAACAAUUUCCUGACGGUAAGAAAAAGGUUCCUGACGGUGAGGACAAGGUUCCUGACGGAGAGGACAAGGUGCCUGACGGCGAGGACAAGGUCCCUGACGCUGAGAACAAGGUUCCUGAUAGUGAGGACAAGGUACCUGACGGAUAUGACAAGGUUCCUGACGGUGAGGACAAGGUUCCUGAGGCUGAGAACAAGGUUCCUGAUAGCGAGGAAAAGGUUCCUGACGGCGAGGACAAGGCUCCCGACUGUUAGGACAAGGUUUCUGACGCGGAGGACAAGGUUUCUGACGCUGAGGACAAGGAUCCUGGCGCUGAGGACAAGCUUCCUGACUGUGAGAACAAGGUUCUGGACGGUGAGGACAAGGGUCCUGACGGUGACGACAAGUUUCCUGACGGUGACGACAAGGUUCCUGACGGUGAGGACAAGGUUCCUGACGCUGAGGACAAGGUUCUUGACAGUGAGGACAAGGUUCCUGACGGUAAGAAAAAGGUUCCUCACGGUGAGGACAAGGCUCCUGACGGAGAGGGCAAGGUUCCUUACGGUGAGGACAAGGUUCCUGACGCUGAGAACAAGGUUCCUGGUAGUGAGGACAAGGUUCCUGACGGCGAGGACAAGGUUUCUGACGGUGAGGACAAGGUUCCUGACGCUGAGAACAAGGUUUCUGACGCUGAGGACAAGGUUCCUGACGCUGAGUGUAAGGUUCCUGAUAGUGAGGACAAGGUUCCUGUCGGUGAGGGCAAGGUUCCUGACGGUGAGGACAAGGUUUCUGAUGCUGAGGACAAGGUUUCUGACGCUGAGGACAAGGUUUCUGGCACUGAGAACAAGGUUCCUGAUAGUGAGGACAAGGUUCCUGACGGCGAGGACAAGGUUUCUGACGGUGAGGACAAGGUCCCUGACGCUGAGGACAAGGUUUCUGACGCUGAGGACAAGGUUCCAGGCGGCGAGGACAAGGUUCCUGACGCAAAAAACAAGGUACAUGACGCUGAGGACAAGGUUCCUGACGCUGAGGACAAGGUUCCUGACAGUGAGGACAAGGUUCCUGACUGUGAGGGUAAGGUUCCUGAUUGUGAGGACAAGGUUACUUACGCUGACGACAACGUUCCUGACGCUGAGGACAAGGUUCCUGACGAUGACGAAAAGGUUCCUGACAGUGAGGACAAGGUUGCUGACGGUGAGGAAAAGGUUCCUGACGGUGAGGACAAGGUUCCUCACGCUGAGGAAAAGGUUCCUGACGCUGAGGACAAGGUUCCUGACAGUGAGAACAAGUUUCCUGACGUUAAGAAAAAGGUUCCUGACGGUGAGGACAAGGUUCCUGACGGAGAGGACAAGGUUCCUGACGGCGAGGACAAAGUCCCUGACGCUGAGAACAGUGUUCCUGAUAGUGAGGACAAGGUUCCUGACGGCGAUGACAAGGUUCCUGACGGUGAUGACAAGGUUCCUGAGGCUGAGAACAAGGUUCCUGAUAGUGAGGAAAAGGUUCCUGACGGCGAAAACAAGGCUCCCGACUGUGAGGACAAGGUUUCUGACGCGGAGGACAAGGUUUCUGACGCUGAGGACAAGGAUCCUGGCGCUGAGGACAAGCUUCCUGACUGUGAGAACAAGGUUCCGGACGGUGAGGACAAGGGUCCUGACGGUGACGACAAGGUUCCUGACGGUGACGACAAGGUUCCUGACGGUGAGGACAAGGUUCCUGACGCUGAGGACAAGGAUCCUGACAGUGAGGACAAGGUUCCUGACGGUAAGAAAAAGGUUCCUCACGGUGAGGACAAGGUUCCUGACGGAGAGGACAAGGUUCCUUACGGUGAGGACAAGGUUCCUGACGCUGAGAACAAGGUUCCUGGUAGUGAGGACAAGGUUCCUGACGGCGAGGACAAGGUUUCUAACUGUGAGGACAAGGUUCCUGACGCUGAGAACAAGGUUUCUGACGCUGAGGACAAGGUUUCUGACGCUGAGUACAAGGUUCCUGGCGCUGAGGACGAGGAUCCUGACUGUGAGGACAAGGUUCCUGAUGGUGAGGACAAGGUUCCUGACGGUGGAGACAAGGUUCCUGACUCUGAUGACAAGGUUCCUGACGCUGAGGACAAGGUUCCUGACUGUCAGGACAAGGUUCUUGACUGUGAGGAGAAGCUUCCUGACUGUGAGGACAAGGUUCCUGACGGUGACGCUGACGACAAGGUUCUUGACGCUGAGGACAAUGUUCCUGAUGCUGAGGACAAGGUUCCUGACAGUGAGGACAAGAUUCCUGACGGCGAGGACAAGGUUCCUGACGGUGAGGACAAGGUUCCUGACGCUGAGAACAAGGUUCCUGAUAGUGAGGGCAAGGUUCCUGACGGCGAGGACAAGGUUUCUGACGGUGAGGACAAGGUUCCUGACGAUGAGGACAAGGUUUCUGACGCUGAGGACAAGGUUUCUGACUGUGAGGACAAGGUUCUUGACUGUGAGGAGAAGCUUCCUGACUGUGAGGACAAGGUUCCUGACGGUGACGCUGACGACAAGGUUCUUGACGCUGAGGACAAGGUUCCUGAUGCUGAGGACAAGGUUCCUGACGGUGAGGACAAGGUUCCUGACGGAGAGGACAAGGUUCCUGACGGUGAGGACAAGGUUCCUGACGCUGAGAACAAGGUUCCUGAGAGUGAGAACAAGGUUCCUGACGGAGAGGACAAGGUUCCUGACGGUGAGGACAAGGUUCCUGACGCUGAGAACAAGGUUCCUGAUAGUGAGGACAAGGUUCCUGACGGCGAGGACAAGGUUUCUGACG